AAUAUGUUUGAAAGUUCGCCCGAAAUUUCUUUCAACGUCAAACUUGACAGCGAUGUUUUAUGUAGCAUGCUAAUCGAGUACAUAAAAGGCGAAAAAGACUCACGUUUAUCCAAAGAUUCACUAUUAGAGUUACAAGAAUCAUUUAAUGUCGUUGACCAAAGCAGUAAAAGUAUUAUUGGAUCUCUUUCAAUGAUCUUAUCACCCAAGAGCAAAAAUAUGCCGAACGAUUUCGAAGUUGGCUCUGACUCGGAGCGAACAAAAGCUACCGAGUCGCAAUUAGUAGAAGCCAACAAUUCUGCUGCAAAUGGCCGGAUUGAAUUGUUUUCUAUGCUCAACAAUUGGGGAAAACCUUCAAAAUUUUUGAAGCCUCAAGUGAACGAAACUCAAGAAGCUGCAGUCUAUUUAACUGAUGAAUCUAAUCAAGUCGAAGAAGAAGAGGUGGAAAUGAAACCAGACGUUAGUUCUCUUGGCCAAAAUCUCAAUAAGGAAUCCAGGAACUUGAUAACUGAUAGAUUUGUGCAAACAACACAUCGUCGGUCGAUGCUUAAGAAGUCGAUUAGACAAUCGGUCAUAUGUGGGAAUCCGAAUAAGGUAGAAAACAGUAUGGGAAACGUGAACAGAGCUCGAACAAGCAAGCAAAAAACAUGUGCAGGAGUCGCACAGAUGCAGAAUAUGCUUGGAAGAAAUCACAAUAACAAUCGAUUGAGCGUCAAGUGGAGUUCAGACCAAGAAAACUUUUUCUGCACUCGAUGCAAGUACAAGUCAACCUCUAGACGCAACGUCAAAGCUCAUUUCAAAGAUGUACAUCGUAAUAUGUUUGUGCAUUGUGAAAUGUGCACGCUUUCCACCCGAUCCAAGGUUCGUUUGAGAAGACACUAUAACUGUUUUCACAAACUAGAUGCAGAGAAUGUGCACGUGUUGAUGCAGCGAUCUAAGUUCAUCCUUGUUCCACCUGAAAAACCCACGCAGAUAAGCGAGAGUAGCAGAAACUCAGGUAAUAGUUCAGUUUUGCAAACAGUGGCGGAAUAUAAAUUACUGGAGAACCGUCAGCAGGAAUGAGCUCGUGCUAUGGACGCCCAUCGAACUUGAAUAAUUUAUUUUGUACUGAAUUUCUAGAUAAAGUCAUCAAUGCAAUAACUAAUGAAUCAUCACUGCAAUAACCAAUGAAUCAUCAAUGCUUAUCAAAAUUCUAACAUAAAUUAAGUAUUGGAAACGAAAGUUGUUGAUCGGAAAUCUUCGUUAAAAUUUCGAAGCGUUUCUUGAAGGCUUGGUAGUUAAAAUUGAUUCGGGUGUCUUAAACAGCAAUUAUCUAUGAGAAA